CUAGGGACUUUUAGCGUCAUUUCAGUGAGCCAAUAGCGACUUCGGGUAAGAAUUUGAUGGCAACACUAUUCAACGAAGUGCUGGCCAGGUGCUGGGAGGGAACCUCGGCUCAUUUCUGGAAGAUAUCAUGGAAAUAAUAGCAUUAACGUUCACGAUCCUUACCGAAAUUAAACCACGGUUACAACGCCACAAGAGAUUUCAGUCGGAACAAUCCAAAAACUUAGGCUGUUUGGACUUAACGUAUUUUCAUUUAGAUCUAUCAUGGAAGUUGUAGUCCAAAGACUAACGUUAGCAAUGGUGUUUAAGGUUAUAGUGUUGGUGUUAUAUUGUCACGUUAAUGCGUUGGUUUGUGGAUUUGAGAUGAAAACUAUUUAUUGCACCAUAGCAGACAAUUGCGAAUGUGACUUCAAACCAAAUAUAAGAGGGCUAGAAUGGGAUCUCUACAAGAAUCUGUACGGACAGCAUCUGGCUCAGGACAUUGUUGCGGAAGCGAUAGCAAACUUCUUACUGAAGGAGAAUCCCAUCCGGCCUCUGGUUCUCUCCUUCCAUGGCGCAUCAGGAACAGGCAAGAGCUUCGUCAGCUCGAUGCUGGCCAGACAUCUGUAUGGCACAGCCAUGGGUAGCCCUUAUAUUCACCAGUUUGUGCCCACGCUCCACUUCCCCUUACCUGAGCGACUGCAGCAGUACAGGCAUAACCUAAAACAGUGGGUGGAGGGGAACCUGACCACCUGUGCUCGCUCGAUCUUUAUCUUUGAUGAGAUGGAGAGGAUGCCCUCUGGUUUGAUCGAUGUUCUCGAGCCCUUUCUUGGCCCCUCACACGUCGUCUACCAAACCAACUAUCGCAAAGCCAUCUAUAUCUUUAUCAGCACUACGGGACAGGAGGUUCUCCACAAGGUGGCCAUCGAGAUGCGAACGGCAGGUCGUGACAGAGAGGAAAUACAACUGCAGGACGUGGAGGAGCCCCUCACGGAGGCCGUCUUCAACACCAAUAACAGUGGUUUCUACCACUCCAGGAUAAUUACUAUGAAGUUGAUCAGCAGAUACGUGCCCUUCCUGCCCUUGUGCCCGCACCAUGUUAAGCGCUGUGCCCAGAGGGAGCUGUGCCAGCGCGGAGAAUGCCACCGUGUGGACGUGGCUGAGGAGGUGAGCAGUGCCGUGUUUUAUACACCUAACGGUGGCGUCCACCACUUUUCCAGCACAGGCUGCAAACAGGUACCAGCCAAAGUUAACGUCUACCUGUGAAAACUGAACGAAUGAAAGGAAAAGACAGGUCCGAAAGAUCCUGUCCGUAACACUCGUCCGCAAGAAUCGUCUGUCAGAUCCCUGAAAUCCAUUUGGAGUCUUUGGAUCAACGUCAUGUUUGUGAAGGCGAUCUAAAUAUGCAUUGGAUUGAAAGUGAUGUCCGAGUUCAAGUGAGAUCCCUAAGGAAUCAUACCUCACCUGUGCCUCACAGCUUCCUGGACCACCAUGGGUAGAGUUCCCACGAUGCUUCUUCAGUAUACCGUGGGCACAGAGGAGAAAAUCAUUCUGAAAGACUAAACUGAACAAAAGGCUUGAACUUGAACUUUGGCUUCAGAGUUUCCCCACCAGAGAGGCACCGAUUGCCAUUUUCUAUAUCAGUUUUGUAACUUUUCUUUAGUGGAAAAUUCAAUUGUCUGUUCAUAAUAAAACCUUGGCUAUUGUUUAACUUAAA